CAUCUCUCUGGCCCUCCUAUCACACCAAACUCUACGUACAAAAGAUCAUGAUGAAUGCUACCACCGAUUACCCACUAAAUGUUUCUGGUAAUUAUAAAUUUGUUCUUGCCUUCGGAAUUUCCAUCGGCGCUCUUCUCCUAAUCUUUAUCAUCAUCGUUGUGUCUUAUUACCUAUGUACUUGCAAGCGUCAGCCGUUGCAUCCACCUGAUUACCAGAGCACUUCCUCUUCCGAUGAUCAAGACGAUUCCGUCACCAUUGAGCUUGGACUCGACCAAUCCAACCUCCUCAAUUGUCCCAAGUUCCUUUAUUCUCAAGCCAAACUCGACAGGGGCGAUUCAAUGGUGUCUACCUGCUCCAUAUGCUUGACCGAGUACAAGGAGGAUGAUGUGCUCCGAUUGUUACCAGAUUGCAAUCACAUCUUCCACUUGGAUUGCGUGGAUCCAUGGUUAAAGCUCCAUCCCACGUGUCCAAUAUGCCGGCACUCGUCAAUUCCACCGGUUGAGGUCGCUGCCUUGACAAGGCGGCGGCAAUAUUUCCGUCCAUGGUUUACACCGUCCAUGCAUUAUUAAUUAUUUUGCUUUCAUUGGCUUGGAAUUUGUGAAAAUUGGAAUUUUUAAAUUUAUGGUUUUAUGGUUUGUUGAUGAAUGCUUAUCAAAUGAAAGAAAAAAAAUGCUCUUUG